ACCUUAAUCUAUACGAUGAAGUCACACGUAAAGAUAUUAUUACUGCUGUUUUGCAGUUCUGGCUUUGGAGCACAUCCAACAGUGAGUCAAAAGCCAGACGGUAAACUGAUCGGUGGGCUCAGUACUAAACAUUCCAACCACCCUUACCUGGUCUCCCUGCAGACAAGGUUAUUCAGGAUACGAGCUCAUAUAUGCGGCGGGACAUUACUUAGUCUAAACUGGAUUCUCACGGCUGGCCACUGCGUGACAGAGUCCUUCAUAGUGAAGUGGCUUCCAAUGGAUGCCAUAGCUGGAUCGAAUAAUGCACACGAGAUGCAUAAUAUGGGCUUCGGUCCCGACGCGCAAAUGGCCCCUGUAGACCGUCGCAUACCGCAUCCUGAUUAUGCUGGUGGCAUCGGACCAAACGAUAUAGCCGUUCUUCACACUAGCAACCCAUUUAAGUUUACAAAGUUCAUACAGCCAGCAAUACUCCCUUUGCUUUCGAAGGCUACUUACGAAUCUCCACUAACGUUGACUGGGUGGGGUAUACUGAGAACCACCUUCUUCUUUCCGGACCUGCCGAGGUAUCUACAAGAAGUCAAUGUUACCUAUAUUCCCUAUAAAGAAUGCAACGAGGCCGUUGAUGCGAUAAAAGACAAGGGUGAAACAAAUCCUCUAGACGAAAAGUCCAACAUCUGUACGGGACCCAUCACCGGCGGUGUAUCAGCGUGCAGCGGGGACUCCGGCGGGCCUUUAAUCCAAUUCAUAAACGAAAGGGACAACAGUAUCGAUGAAGAUAAAGACAAUGACGACAAAUAUCCGUUGACGCUUCCAAAUCGUAAAGGAGAAGAUAGGAAUAUUAAGGAAGAAAAUAAUAAUAAAAUUAUUCCAAUAGUAGUUGGUGUAGUAUCCUGGGGUUCAACACCGUGUGGUGAUAAAGGCGCUCCAACGGUAUACACUAAAGUAGAUAACUUUUUAGAUUUCAUCAAUACAUAUGUCAUAUAGA